AUGGUAACCAAACAUCAAAAUGGCUGCCACUACAAUAAAACUCUCAACAGAUGUUAAGAACAUUGUUGACAAAUUAGAAGACUUGGGCAAACAGCUCAGAGAGAACAGAUACCUCUUUGCAGAGGAGUUUGGAGCUAGUGCUAACUCAGUCAUUUCAGCCAUGAAAGAGCUGGAUAAGAUACGUGUGCAUGCUCACCAACUGCUUGAAGGCGAAACUAUAAUGGCCAGUGCACUCCGUCAUAAACUCAACACUCAUGUUUCGAAAUUACAAGCUGAGGCUGCUGCUGCAGUAAUUUCAGCAAGGCAGUCAAAUCAAGCUCGUUUAUCAGAACUGCAGACUCAAGUCACAUUAAUGAGUGAGGAGGCAUCAUCUUUGUUAAAAAGGCACGAAGUGGUGGGCCUCCACAAUGACGUCCUUCUUCCUCAACUGAAGCAACUGCAGGCAGCACAUUCGGAUAAAGUAAAGAUACUUAAUGAGAAGAUGUUGGAGAGAGCAGGGAUGCAGAUUUUUCUAAAUGAGACAAUAGAACAAUUAGAUGACACUGGCUCUAAAAUUUUAGACAUAGAGGAAGAGAUUCAUAUACUUCAGGACAACCUGAAGCUCAAGAGACAGCACAUUAGCAAAGAAAGAGAAGAGCUCUUGAAAUCUUUGGAAGGUACUAAAAUGCAAUUAAAUCAACAAAAUGAAGAAAAUAGAGAUCUUAAAAAUGAUCUUCAUGUUGAAGAAUAUGAAUCAGCUCAAGUUGAAUUAUCUGUUAAAGAGUCGGUAGCGUCCAUAGAGAAUGUUAAAAGAGAAAUUUCAUCAUUGAUUGUUACUCAGAAUCAGCUUAAGAGUGAAGCAAUGUCAAAAGAAGUAGAAAAGCGAUCAUUAAUCCAAGAUGGGGAAAGGAUUAAGAAAGACAUGGAAUUAUUUGGUUAUCAGCACUCGGUGAAGAAGAAGCAAGCAGAGGAGAUCAUUAAUCAGUUGAUAGCUGAAGUAGAGCUAGCUGACACUGAAUCCAAGAAACUAAAAGAUGUAUACAAAGCAGUCAAAUCUGAAUGGAAGGUAGCUAAUGAGGACUAUGACUCAAUAUCUUACUCACUGAAUGCAGUCAAAGAGAGUGUUGCUUCUGCUAAGGAAUCACUGAUGAGAGAGUCUGAGGAAGGAGUGAAGCUGGAGACUGAGAAAAAUGAACUAGAAUUUAGACUCACUCAAAUACAAGAAACCCACAAAGUGAACGUUCAGCUAUUUAAAGAAGAAAUCACGGAGUAUAAAGAUAAGCUAGCUCAUGAACAUAAAAUCAGACAAUCUGCCGAAGAGAAUUACAAAGAUCUUGAGCUCUUAAUACAACAGCAGCUAUUGGAUCAGAGCGAGAUUAUGACGACAUUGAAUAUGAAAUUAAAAGAAUCAAAGAAAGCCGGAGAUACAUUGCAUAGCAAGAUAGUUACACUGGAUAAUAGUAUAAGCCAAUGUGAGACAAGCAUUGAGAGACUCAAUAAAGAAAUAAGUGAGAGAAAAAGUCAUCUUAGCAGAAGGAGCACACAACUUGAGGAGCAACUGAAUAUUCUCGAGGAGAGCAUUGCUGAACUAACAGAUGAUAUUAAAGAUGCUACUGAUCAGUUGCUAGAGGCAGAGCCAUUGAGAGAUUCACUAGAGGAGGAAUAUGCUUCAGCAAUGGAAGAAUAUGAAGAAUCCAAGAGAAUCAUGAUAGAAUUAAAGAAUAAGAGAUCUGGAUUAAGUGAUGCAUGUCAGAGACUAGAGAGAGAACUAGAGAAGAUACACAUUCCACAAGCUCAUCUGAGAAUGGAGACACUCAGAUGCAGGACUUACGCUAGGAAGAACUUGAGAGAGAGGAAAGUUAUAGUAGACGACUUGGAGGAAAAGCUAAGAGAGAAGAGAACAAAGCUAAACACUAUACUGUUCCACAAUGACAGAAUAAGAGAAGCAAGUAAAAAAUUAGAGAAAGAAUGCAAUGGAUAUGCUAGUUACAGCGAAGGUAGUGCUGAAAGAGAGAAGAGACUAAUAGGGAGACUUGAACAAAUGAAAACUGACCUUGAGAAGCAAUGGCAAGAGAGCAAGGAGCUAGCUAAGGUAUACCAUGAAAGAGAUAGUGGCAUAGUUGAAACGUUGACAUCCCUUCAAGAGAAAAGCUCCAAGCAAAUGAAAGAAUUGUCUGUUGUUUCAUCGCAAUUCACCCAAGAAAUGAACAUAUUCAACAAAUUUCUUCUAAGGCUGUCCAAAAGGAAGAAAUGAUGUCAUUUUAUUUAAUCAUUAUUAUUCUUGUUUUUAUGUUUUAGCAAAAAUAAUUUUAAUUAACUAUAA